AUGGCAGGCCAUUUUCGUGCGUUCCAAAACCCGGCAUCAUUCCCCGCUUUACCCCAGUUCUCCGAUUUCAUGAAGCCAUGCCGUUUUGAGGGUGAGAUCCAGCAUCUGGAAGUCUAUGGCGAGAUUCCCCUAGAGAUCGAUGGCACUUUCUAUCGUGUCAUGCCCGAUCCUCAGCUACCGCCGUUUGUUGAGAAUGAUCCAUGGUUCAACGGCGAUGGCAACGUCAGUGCCUUUCAGAUCAAAGACGGACGUUGUCAUUUCAAACAACGAUAUGUUAGGACUGAAAAGUUCAUGCGUGAGCGACAAGCAAAGAGAGCGUUGGCUGGAAAGUACCGCAAUAAGUACACGGAUGCAGUGGAGUUUAAGGUACGGACAACAGCGAACACCAAUAUUGUGUAUUUCAAUGGCCGCCUUCUAGCAUGCAAAGAGGAUGCCCCGCCUUACUCAAUGGAUCCGAGAACACUAGCGACAUUAGGACUUGAGGAUUUUGACGGCCAAUUGCCCUCCUUGACCUUCACUGCACACCCGAAAUUGGACAAUGAGACUGGAGAACUACUCUGCUUUGGUUACGAAGCAAAGGGCGAUGGGACUCCCGAUGUCUGUUACUUUUCGAUCGACUCCACUGGACGCUUCACCGAGACGGUUUGGCUAGUUUCUCCAAUCGUGGCAAUGAUCCAUGACUUUGCAUUCACAAAAAACUGGAUUUUGUUCCCAAUCAUUCCACAAACAUGUGACCUUGAGCGCAUGAAGCAAGGUGGUGAGCACUGGCAAUGGAAUGCUGAUGUACCGUUCUAUGUUGGCGUACUUCCUCGUCAUGGUGCUUCAGGCGCGGACGUGAAAUGGUUUCGCGCGCCUAAUGCUUUUCCCGGACAUACAGUCAACGCGUUCGAGGACGAUGCAGGAAACAUAGUCUUCGAUCUUCCACUCACAGAUAGAAACGUGUUUUUCUGGUGGCCAGAUGCGCAAGGAAGGGCACCGAACCCAGAGGAGAUAUCUGCGCAGCUUGUACGCUUCACCUUCAAUCCUCGAUCAACCAACCUUGACCUUCCUCCACAUGAAGUCAUCGGAACGGACGACUGCGAGUUUCCGCGCAUCGACGAUAGGGUAUCCGGGAGGAAACAUACGCAUGCCUUUUUCGAUUUGAUGGACCCCAGCCUAGGUACUGAUUUUGGCACCAUCUUGCCUAGAAUGGGCGGCGGACACCCACCUUAUAAUUCCAUUGGACACCUGGAUUAUCAUACCAAGAUUAUGACCAAGUAUUUUCCAGGCCCAACGCACUUGGUUCAGGAACCGAUCUUCGUUCUGCGCAAAGGUACGGAGGUCGCGGAAGGUGAUGGCUGGGUUGUGGUGCUUGUCAACAAUUACGCGUCUAUGUUGAGCGAGUUGCACGUGGUUGGAACGAAGGAUUUCACCAAAGCCCAGGCUAUCAUAUACCUACCAAUCAGACUCCGGGCUGGCUUACAUGGAAAUUGGGUAGAUGCGCAGGACCUA